UAUUCAGCUGACGAAGUCUUUCAAGUUGUCGCCGAUGUGACUGACUACGCUGAAUUUAUUCCUUGGUGUCGCUCCUCUAAAGUGGUCCGCCCAAUUCCUAACGGUUUUUUAGCAACAUUAGAAGUUGGUUUUCCUCCUAUCUCAGAGACAUAUACUUCUGUAGUCACCUUAAUUCGUCCAACUUUAGCCAGAGCCGUCUGCAAAGAUGGAAGGUUAUUUAAGCAUUUAGAAACUACGUGGAGAUUUAGCCCUGGAUUAGCAAAUAAUCCCAAUACCUGUUUUUUAGAAUUUGAGAUUAUCUUUGAAUUUAAUUCAUCUAUCCAUAAUCAGUUAUCUGGCCUUUUCUUCGAAGACAUCGUUAAGAAGAUGAUUAGCGCAUUUGAUAAACGUUGUCAUGAGAUUCAUGGACCAGAUCGACAUAUUCCUCUGGCAGAUCCCAUAUACAGAAUUACAAAUAUAUAA